AUGAGUUUCUUGUUUGAACCAAAAAUUGAGCCACGAGUACAAAAGUAUAGACAAAAGCCUAUCAUUAAACGAAGGCGUGAUAGUGUACCUACAUUUGUUGAAGAAGAUCCAUUCCUUGAAGCAGCAUUAAAUUGCAAAUCAGUGUUUAAUCAGCAACCACCUCAAUCGAAAAUACAAAAUGUUAUCUCCUCGAAUAAAUCAGAAGCAUACAUUCAUUCAUAUGUAGAUACUCAACCAGCAAUGCCAAAGCGUCCAGUAAUUAUUAGGCGAGUUGCUAAGCCGAAACCGACUUGUAAGGCUGAAUCAGCUUUAGAUAUAGUUAAAACAAGAAAAUACAUAUCGUCUUUAGAAAAGCAAGAGAAAAAAUACGAAGAUAGAAAUACAAUUUACGAUGAAAAUGGAAAUGUUCAUGAAAUUAACCCUAUAUAUAUUAGCCCUUUAUCAUUUCAGCCUCUCCCUCCAGAUCCGACUCCAUCUGCACCAGAUCCUGAGUUAUUAGGAUUAUUUUUUUAA